AUGCGACGACUGGACAUAAUGAAUGAGAAGAUUACUAGUUACUGGUACUGUACUACAUCUGAUGACAUUUUCACAUACAUAAAAAUGGUCACAUAUGUUGGUUAUAUGAUAUCAAUCAAUAAGCUUUGUGUUUGCAGAGAUGACGCACAUGGAACUUUCACGAAAUUGUCAAGCAAGUACAAGAAGGAGAUGAGGAAAAUAAGUGUAGAGUUGAGGCACUUGAGGGUAGAUCCCUCUAACCAGUCAGUGUUUUCUGUCAGCAAUGAAAAGUCAACAUUUAUUGUUGAUAUUGAACAACAUACAUGUAUAUGCAGGAUGCUACAAGUUGAUUUGAUACCGUGUCCACAUGCCUUGGCUAUAAUUGCAAAUACAAGGAGAGAUUCAUAUGCUUACUGUUCUUAUUAUUACACAAGAGACGCUUACGUGAAUGCAUACCAAUAUUCUAUACAUCCUGUUGGGAACCAGAAUGAAUGGACAGUGCCUGAAGAAGUACAAGCUAAAAUUGUGUUAGCUCCUAACCAAAAGAGAAGUUCUGGAAGACCUACUGAGAAGAGGAAGAGAUCAUCCAGAGAAGGGAAACCAACAGUGAAAUGUGGUUGUUGUGGAGGACAAUGUCACAAUCGUAGGAGAUGCUCAAGUGUAGUUCCAUUGAACUAG